UUCCAUUGUUAAAAAAACAUGAUUAUAGGAAAGCUUUGUGGCAGCCAACAGUGAAUAGACGAGGCGUGUGAUUGGAAGUGACAAGAGGGCACGAUCGGAGGGAUGGACACGCAGCUACGCGUUCCAGAGGUCGCCGUCAGAUGCGGUGGAGUCGUGUAUGGUGCCGCGCCGCGCCACGCUUCCCCGGUCCCCGCCGUAGGAUGGUGGUGCCGUGCACCGCGGGGAUGGCGUCUCAUCCAAAGACAACCCCACCGACCUCCAUUCGUCUCCCCCCUCGCCCAGCGCCCACCUCUUCCGUCCUCCUGUUUCCCGUCCCGCACAGCGCUACGCACACAGACUAUAUUUCUCUCUCUCUCUCGUCCUCUAUCGCUCGUCCGAUCUGCAUCUGCUUUUCUUCCCCCCCCUCCGCGUGUCCCCUGUCCCUUCCGGCGUGCGCGAAGAUUUGAUUUUUUUUUUGUCGGGGAGAAGGCGGAGUAAGACAGACCAGGCCGCGGGAGGAAGGAGAUCCUGAUCUGUUCUUGGAGUGGGGAGGCGAGGAGAGGAGAGGAGGAAGAUGGCGGCGCAGGAGCAGGAGCACGAGAAGCAGCAGGCGAAGACGAGCACCACGAGCUCGCUCCCCUCCAGCAGCGAGCGCUCCUCCAGCUCCGCCCCCAACAACCUUAGGGAAGGAGGCGUGGAGAGCGACGAGGAGAUACGGCGGGUGCCGGAGCUGGGCGGCGCGUCGGCGUCGGCGUCGGCCUCGUCGGGCGCGGGCAAGGAGGACGGCGCGCGGGCGGUGGCCGCGGGGGCGCAGGGGCACCCUCCGGCGGCCGGGAAGAAGCGCGGCCGCGCCCCGGGGGACAAGGAGCAGAACCGGCUGAAGCGGCUGCUGCGGAACCGCGUGUCGGCGCAGCAGGCGCGGGAGCGGAAGAAGGCGUACCUGACGGAGCUGGAGGCGCGGGCCAAGGACCUGGAGCUCCGCAAUGCGGAGCUCGAGCAGCGGGUGUCCACGCUCCAGAACGAGAACAACACGCUCCGCCAGAUUCUGAAGAACACGACGGCGCACGCGAGCAAGAGGAGCGGCGGCGGCGGCAAGGGUGGAGACGGCGGCAAGAAGCACCACUUCGCCAAGAGCUAAUGAGAAUUGAGGGACUGAGGGAGGGAGCUGGUUCGUGCUCUGCUCGCGCUCGCCUCACCUGACCAUUGUUGGUGGUGGUUGAUGUUGCUGUUGCUGAUGACGUAUUCUCUUUUUUUUUCUCCUUUUUUCCCCUAAUUUCUACUGUACCUGUGUUCCUCUUGUCUCGCUGAUUCACUGUUUUUUAACGUAGCAAAUCCCGUCUCCCCGGCCGCUGCUGUGCUGGGACUGACUACUCACCACUGCUGUAGGGAUGUGGUUGUUUUUGGGGGCGUUUUGUACUGGUCUUGAAAGGAGAAGCCUUUAUGGAAUAGAUAGAUCUUUCGGCAGGGUUUGAAGC